AUGCUCUGGGCGCUCUGGCCAAGGUGGCCAGCAAGCAAGGGGCUGCCCCUCCUGGGGGUAGUAUGGCUGCGAAAGAGAGAGAACUGGGGACCUCAGUGGAGUCACUGGCGGCGGGAAACCCACCCAUCCUAUGACCUCCAGGUGAAGGUGCUGAGGGCCAGAAAUAUCCAGGGCUCAGACCUGCUGUCCAAAGCCGACUGCUAUGUGCAACUGUGGCUGCCCACAGCAUCUCCCAGCCGCACCCAGACGAGGGUGAUAGCCAACUGCAGUGACCCUGAGUGGAAUGAGACCUUCCACUACCAGAUACAUGGCGCGGUGAAGAAUGUCCUGGAGCUCACCCUCUAUGACAAGGACGUCCUGAGCAGUGAUGAACUCUCCGUGCUGCUGUUUGACCUGAAGAGCCUCAAGCCUGGCCAACCCCACAGACACACCUUCCCACUCAGCCAAGAGGAUUCACAAGAGCUACAGGUGGAGUUUGUUCUGGAGAAGAGCCAGGUGCCUGCACCUGAAGUCAUCACCAACGGUGUUCUGGUGGCUCAGCCCUGUCUGAGAAUCCAGGGCACCCUUGGGGGAGAUGAGACCACUCCACAUGGGAUGUAUGGCUCCAGGCAGGUCCGGCUGGCAGUGCCUGGUGCCUACGAGACUCCACAGCUCUUGCUUCUGCAGCCUCCCGUGGAGGCAAGCCCCCCGGCCACCUUUACCUUCCAUGUGAAUCCAGCACUUCACUCCAGCCUGGAAGUGGAGCUGCUGGAGAAGCUCACGAUCCUGCAGAGUGGCCUGAGUGCUGAGUUGGAGGAUCAGAACAGCAACUGGGGCGAGGGGAGCAUCCUGCUCUCCUCUCUGACCCUAGGUCAGGAGGAACAGCGCUUGGUGGCUCUUGGGAAGGGCCAGGAGGUGGCUCUGAGUGUGAAGGCAGAAAUGAGCUCUGGGGACCUUGACCUGCGCCUUGGCUUUGAUCUCUGUGAUGGGGAACGAGAGUUUCUGGACAAGAGGAAGCAGAUCGUUUCCAAGGCGCUGCAGCGGGUGCUGGGAUUGAGCCAGGCUCCUGACAGUGGCCAGGUGCCUGUGGUGGCUGUGCUGGGUUCUGGAGGUGGAACCCGUGCCAUGACCUCCCUGUACGGCAGCCUGGCAGCGCUGCAGGAGCUCAGCCUCCUGGACACUGUGACCUACCUGAGUGGGGUCUCUGGGUCCACCUGGUGCAUCUCCACACUGUACAAGGACCCAGCCUGGUCCCAGGUGGCCUUGCAGGGCCCCACUGAGCGUGCCCGGGCUCGGGUCUGCAGCAGCAAGGCGGGUGCAGUGUCCACAGAGCGCCUCCAGUACUACGCUCAGGAACUAGGGAGCCUGGAAAGUAGCGGUCGCAGCAUUUCCCUCAUUGACCUUUGGGGCCUCCUUGUUGAGUAUUUCCUGUACCAGGAGGAAAACCCUGCCAAGCUCUCUGACCAGCAGGAGGCAGUCAGCCAGAGCCAGAACCCUUAUCCCAUCUACGCCAGUGUCAACGUCCACACCAACAUCAGUGGGGAAGACUUUGCAGAGUGGUGCGAGUUUACCCCCCACGAGGUUGGCUUCCCCAAGUAUGGGGCUUACAUCCCCACCAAGCUCUUUGGCUCCGAGUUCUUCAUGGGGCGGCUGCUGAAGCUCUGGCCGGAGCCCCGGAUCUGCUACCUGCAGGGUAUGUGGGGCAGCGCCUUUGCGGCCAGCCUGGAUGAGAUCUUCCAGAAGACUGCUGGCUCCAGCCUCGGCUUCCUGGACUGGCACCGAGGCCGUGUGAACAUCACAGGCGACCACCAGAAGCUUCGGCUGCACGACCCCACGAGGCUGCGAACGAGGCUCUUCACCCCCCAGGGGCCCUUCUCCCAGGCUGUGCUAGACAUAUUCACCUGGCGCGUUAGCUCCGCGGAGAACUUCAACUUCACCUGUGGCCUCUGUCUGCACAAGGACUAUGUGGCUGGCAGGGAGUUUGUGGCCUGGAAAGACACACACCCAGACGCCUUCCCCAACUGGCUCACGCCCAUGCGGGACUCCCUGUGCCUGGUGGACGGGGGCUUUGCCAUCAACUCCCCAUUCCCGCUGAGCCUGCUGCCGCAGAGAGCGGUGGACCUCAUCGUGUCCUUUGACUACUCCCUGGAUGCCCCUUUUGAGGCCUUACAGGUGACGGAGAAGUACUGCCUGGACCGGGGCAUCCCCUUCCCCAAAAUCGAGGUGCCUCCUGAGGACCUGGAGGAACCCCGUGAGUGCUACCUGUUUGCCACGGCUGAGGACCCCCAUGCACCAAUUGUGCUGCACUUCCCCCUGGUCAACCGUACCUUCCGCACACACCUGGCCCCAGGCGUGGAGCGACAAACAGCUGAGGAGAAGGCCUCUGGGGACUUUGACAUCAACGGGCCAGACACCCCCUAUGGCAUGACAAACUUUACCUAUGAGCCCAAGGAGUUUGAUCGGCUGGUGGCCCUGAGUCGAUACAACGUUUUGAACAAUGUAGAGACUAUCAAGCGGGCCCUCCAGCUGGCCCUGGACCGGCGACAGGCUGGGGCUGGGGCUGGAGGCUGA